UGUUCGACGUCAUUCGGGGGCGCCACGCGGGAGCGUCCGCUCUGCCUCCGCUCCUCUGGCCAUGUUCCCCUCGGCUCCCGCUUCGCCGCGGACUCCCGGCAGCUCAGCCCGCAGGGCCCUCGGCAGCGCCGCUCCGAGCCCCCUGUCUCGACCGGGCAGCAGGAAGAACCUGGCCGUGGUGGCGGCGGCCGGCUCUCCCGGGCUCUUCUCCCCAGUGGCUCGGAGGAGCGGCUCCCUCUCGGCUCGAGCAACUCCCACCAGAGUUAUACAGCAUCCCUCAGCAAGUGAGACUGUUAACUACGAUGUGAAAGCUUUUGGAUCUGCCCUGCCUGUUAAGGUGAUGGAAGCCCUGAAAAACGCUGAUGCUGAUGACCAUCUGAGUGUUCAGGUGGAUGAAAGCGGAUGGGCCUGGCUAGUCCAUAAAGAGAGGCUGAUUAUUUGGAAGAUUGGUCAGUCUCCUGUUGCAAAGUUAUCUCUGUGCAAGGAACUCCAGCUGCCACCCAGUGACUACCAGUGGAGUUCCAGUUUAGCAGCUAUAUCUUGUCUUAGUUCCUCAGGUGACGCACCUUCUUUGCAGUCCCUGGCAAUAAUGGUUGCUACCAGUGAAGGUUCUGUGCGCUACUGGCCCAGUCUUGCCCAUGAGGGUUCCUAUACUGAGACUUUCACAGACUUUGGAGGCUCUCUAUGCAGUUUCCUGACAGCAGUGAAGGUACAGGUAGGAAGCUUUAUUUUAUCAUCUUCCAGAGGCCAGCUAGUUCGACUGAUUCCAGAUAAUUCUGGCAAGAUUCAUCAGCAUGCUCUGCCACAGGGUCAGGGCAUGUUUUCUGGAAUUGGUCGAAAAGUUUCUUCUCUUCUGGGUAUAUUAUCACCUGGAAAUGAUGCUGUGAUUUCUAGUGUUCUGUGGGAUAAAGAGAGAUCAAGCUUUUAUAUGCUAACAAAUUCAAAUUUAAACAAAUGGGAGAUUGACAGUUCAUCAGAACGUUAUAUUCUCAGCUGGGAUGUCAACAGAAUCCUGAAGGAACACAUUUCAGAUGCGAUUUGGGGUUCUGAAAGUAACUAUGAAGAUAUUAAAGGAGGAGUAAAUAUACAGUAUAUGGAUUUACAGCAGAAUCGUGAUGGACUGGUGAUACUUGCUGCAGCAUGGCAUCCUGGAGAUCAUCCAUGCCUUGUCUACUAUACUCUGAUAACUGUAGAAGAUAAAGGCUUCCAGAUGUCUGAUGAUGUUGUUGUGGAGGUCACGCAGUAUAAUCCAUCUUUUCAGUCUGAAGAGGAAGUAAUGUGCUGUCUGGUGGUCCCAGAUUACUUCAGCCACGCUGCUUACCUUUAUAAGGAAGAUGAGGUGUUUGCUUGUUCUACUGGAACUGGGAGAAUCUCAUUACCACAGGAGAAAAUUUUAUUUGGCUUUCAAGGAGACAGCAUUUUAGGAGCAGGCUCUUAUACUAGCCUCCCCAUCUUCUUUGCCAAAAGAAGUGGACUUAUUACCAUCUUAUCCAGAGAAAACAUUUCUGUGCUUCCUGAAGACCUUGAAGAUUCUCUGUCCUCUUCUGUUGCUGGACCAAUAAGUGAGAGUCCUGCGUUUGAUCCAGCCAGUAGGCUAGAAAUUGUAGCUCAAGAAGAUAAGACAAAGUUACUGAAAGCUGCUUUUCUACAAUACUGCAGGAAAGAUAUAGUUAAUGCUCAAAGCAUGGUAGUUGAACUAUUUCCAAGUAACACAGAUGUGGAUUCUGAUGCUGAACUGGAUAGGGCAGUGACUCAGAUCAGUCUGGAUUUAAUGGAUGAUUAUCCUGCCUCUGAUCCAAGAUGGGCUGAAUCUGUACCUGAAGAAGCCAGUGGUUUCAGCAACACAUCCCUCAUUCUUCUUCAUCAGCUGGAGGAUAAGACAAAAGCUCACUCCUUCUUCAUUGAGUUUCUUCACCAGGUUGGCAUAUUUGAACGACUGGGCAGUUUUCCAGUACGAGGGAUGCUGAUGGCAACUCGACUGUUGCUCUCUGAGCAUGCAGAAAAACUAGCAGCUGCUAUUGUUCUCAAGAACUAUCACUCCAGGCUGCCUGAUCUAGUGAAUGCUGCUAUACUGAUUGCUUUAAAUAAAAGGGACUGUGACAUUCCACCAAGUCUUACUCCUGCAGAUAUUUUCUUUCGAGAGGUGUCCCAAAUCGAUUCCAUCUUCGGAUGCUUACUAGAAGAGGAGGAACAAGUCCUGAGAGAGAUGCAUAUUGAAUCAAUUGAGUGGGCCCAAGUAGUUGUCAACGUGAACAACAUCAUUAAGGAUAUGCUACAAGCUGCCUGUCAGUAUCGUCAAUCUCAAGCAUCCUUAUAUAAAACAGGAGAGCUUCCAGAAAGAGAGCCUGAAUACAUUCCAUGGACAGCAUCCAGCAGCCUACGUGCAGCAAUAACACGUCAGCAUGGGAUCAUCCUGAAGGUGGUGUAUCCUCAGGUGGACAGCAACCUCCGUAGCAUUGUGGCUGAACAGGUGGUGGCACUGCUCGACUGUUUUCUAGAUGGGUACGUUUCUCAGCUGAAGUCUGUGGACAGACCUGCUGAUCAAGAGAGAUACAGCAAUCUGGAAAUGGAAUAUGUGCAGAAGAGAUCAGAGCUCUUGUCUCCUCUCCUUUCCCUGGGACAGUAUCAGAUGGCAGCUGCUUUAGCAGAGAAGUAUUGUGACUUUGAUAUCCUGGUGCAGAUGUGUGAGCAGACAGACAACCAGGCCAGACUGCAACGUUACAUGAGUCAGUUUGCAGAUCAGAAUUUUUCAGAUUUCCUCUUUCGCUGGUACUUAGAAAAAGGAAAACGAGGGAAGCUGUUAUCUCAGCCUAUUGCUCAGCAUGGACAGCUGGCCAGUUUCUUGCAAGCACAUGAGCACCUCAGCUGGUUACAUGAAAUCAAUAGUCAGGAUUUGCAGAAGGCCCACAGAACACUGCAAACUUUAGCAAACAUAGAGACCAAAUAUUUUGCAAAGAAGAAAACCCUUCUUGGCUUGAGUAAAUUAGCUGCACUGGCAUCUGAUUUCUCAGAAGACAUACUGCAGGAAAAGAUAGAAGAAAUAUCAGAACAGGAACGCUUUCUUCUACAUCAGGAGACACUUCCUGAGCAGUUACUGGUAGACAAACAACUGAACCUCAAUGAUAUGCCAGUGCUGUCUGCAACUCAGCUCAUUGAUAUGUACAUUUGUGAUGAGAACAGAAGGGCCAAUGAAUAUGACUUCAAGAAAGCACUUGAUCUUCUGGAAUAUAUUGAUGAGGAAGAGGAGGUGGAUGUAAAUGAUCUUAAACUUAAAAUUCUCUGCAUGGCUCUCCGAAGAGAUGGAUGGACCAGUUCAGAUGGUAAAGAUGAUCCAAUAGAAGCAUCUAAAGAUAGUAUAUUUGUGAAAAUACUGCAAAAGCUAUUGAAAGAAGGAGUUCAGUUAAGUGAAUAUUUACCGGACGUGAAGGACUUUCUGCAAGCAAAUGAACUCGGCUCCUUGAGAUACAACGCUUACUUUGAAUUUGUGUUAAAAGCAAACUAUGAACUCUAUGUUCACGGACAAACAUAAUGAUUUUUUUUCUAAAGUACUGUUGAAUUCAUGUAUACUUUUUUUUUUUUUACAGUCUGUUGGUUUUUUUUGUUUUUUGUUUGCUAAAACUUUGUAGUAAAGUCUAUAAAGAGUAAUAUACUUGUUCACUGUCUUA